GCGAGCGAGCGAGUGCGCGCCAGCGUCGUCGUCGAGACGCGGCCAGCAAAGUCCUUCGCCUCGGUCGACGCCUGCUUCGACGGCGCCUCUGUCGUGCGCACCUGCCGCGAGGUCUCACCGCCACGAAGCUCUCGGGUGCAGCGCGCGGUGGUCUCUCGGAGCGAGCGGCACGGCCGGUGCACGAUGAUGGAGAAGCUGCAGCGGGAGAGGAGAGCGAUCGUCCCGAAGGAGUGCGCGAAGCCCCUUGUCAAGGACCUCAACCAGCACAUCAUCUGCCCGCUGUGCCGGGGCUACCUCAUUGAUGCGAUCACGCUCGUCGAGUGCCUGCACUCCUUCUGCCGAGGAUGCAUAGUCCAGCGAUUCCGUGAGAGCCCGAAAACCUGUCCCCAAUGCAGCACAAUUGCCGUGGCUCCCCUCGUCCCGGACAUCGCUCUGCAGCGUCUAGUUUACCUCGUGGUGCCAGGCCUGUUUAGGAAAGAGCAGGAAAGACGCCACAACUUUCGCAAGAUCAAUCCGCAUUGCUCGAAUGUUAAUCAGCAGCCGCUCGGCGCCCCUGAUCUCAGCUUCGACGACCUCGUCAGUUUGAGUCUCAGCGAGAUUGGCUCCACGAGCGGUGGCUCCACCAGAUACCUCAAAUGCCCAGCCGGGGUCACGGUCAGGCAUUUGCUCAGGCUACUCAUGCUCAAACGCGGCUGGGACAACAACCACGGCAAUAAUCAAUGCGGGAACAACAAAAUCGAAAUAAUAUACGACGACAGUGCAAAUGACACGAAGAACGAAGCCGGAUUACUCGAUCUGUCGUGGACACUUAUGGAUUUGGCUUGUAUCUUUGAGUGGAAAAGGGAAGCCCCGAUGAAGCUUUUAUACCGAGUCGUACGAGUAGGUGAUGUCGCAACCAAUAAAUCGAUUACCAAUUUUUGCACUAGCAAUACCUCCGACGCGACUAAUCAAGCGAUAGAAAAUAUUCUAAGACCGCCGACACCUCCACCGAGUCCAAAGCCAGCAAUUUAUCGCGGGGACUCAUUGAGCAAAAAUCCGCGUUCGACGAUCGUCGUUGAUCAGUACGAGUCUAAGAAGCCGCGUUGCGAGGUGUCGCCAUUGAUGCGAGCGCCAGAUCCACCGCCGAUCCACGACCGCUCGAGAUCGAGCAAACUCGCCAAGCUGGAGCACAAACGUAAAAAGCGCAAGAACAAGCGCGUUAUCGCCGAAAUUACGACGACGCCACGGGAAGAUCUGUUGAAACUGAAAGUUCGCUUAACUCCUGUUCCCACUCGAGUUCCUUCGAGCGCCGGUGAUGGCAGUCAUUCGAAAGACAAGCUACUGCAAAUGAGGGCCGUGCGGAAAGAUAAGACGAAAAGUAUUGAGCUUCAAAAGCAUAAUAUUUCGAAGGAUCAUAAAGUCAGUUUGGAAAUUGAAGAGGAAAACGUUGUAUCGGAAAGAGAAAGCGGCUCCACUGACGCACAAAAGCCCGUUAGCUCCCCAGAAAAGCUUGCCAACUCCGCGGAUAGCGAGAAGCAAACUGAACCGAAAGUGGAAAAUGAAAAUCAUAGACCUUCCGAAGAUUUGGAAAAGGAUGAAACACCGAAAAAUGAAGAAGUACUUCGUAGAUUAGGCCUAGUUGCUAUUAGCGAAGCUAAUAAAACUAGGCAGGAGCAAUCGAGGAAUUCCAUGCAGUGUGGCUCGGAGAAAGCUGAUCCAGCGGCAGAGAGAGAAAAAUUAGAGAAGCAAUUGCGAGAAAGCAAAGCCAAUCGCGUGCGCAGUUUGUUGGCCGAGAAACAAAUGCGAGACACUUUGAAAAGUAUAAUGUCAAGUGCGAAAGAAACCAAUUCAUCGACCACGACAGCAUCGUCCUCGGCCUCUCCUGCUCCCAGAUGUGAAACGCCUACACCGAGUAGCCUUAAGAGAAAAGACCCGCCUCCAUUAACGCCUUUGCGAAGUGCAAAACGACCAAAUGUUACGUUUGCUCCAGGUUCAUUCACGUCUGGCAAGUUAGAGUCACCUUUGGAUCUCAGAUGUCCACCUAGCAAUGCUCUGGACCUGUCUUCUAACGUGUCGGAUGGGACCACAACUGCGGCUAACGUAGAGCACAAACCAGUAAGUAUUCUUAGGAAUAGUGGCAACAGGACAGCGGACAAGCCAAAGGAUGAAACCAAAUUGCCUCAAGAAUCAAACUUGAAGACUACGCCGGACGCGGCAGUAUCGUUAAUAGGAAAUAAGCUUGGCCCUCAAGUAGACAAAUCGGUCAAACUAACGCAAAACUUUAUCGCUAGCUCGUCGAUCGGGGGACCGAUGAUAGGUGGAAAGGUAGCCUUGAGAAUACCUCAGCCUCACCAGAGGCUUACAGGUUUUGGCAUGAAGAUCAAACCUAGUAUUGGAGUAAGACAUAUACCCAACCCUCAAGCAGUUGUGGCCUCGCAGUACCGGAACCAGAGAACUGGAUAUUUCAGUCUUGCGCAUCAGCCUCCCUAAGUAACGUUUAUGUAAGGUUCUUUACUUUAUCCUACUUUCUUCCUUAGACAAUUAGUAUGAUUGCAUUGGUACGUUGCAAUUAGGUAAACAAAUACUUCUGUUUCGGAACGAUAUUAUUAUUUUUCUUUUGUUUAUGAAUUCGUCUUAUGUGCAAUAUGUCCUAUAUCGUUCGUUAGCUAGAAGAGUGAUAUGAGAGUGUGAUUAUUCGAUUCGUCGAUUUUGAAUCGAUGUCUUGCUGAGUGAAUAUUUGAUAAAAGUAAGCGGUAUUUUAUACACGUCAAUUGGAAAAUAUUCAAACAAAAGGUAGAUUUUACUUUACUCUGAGUGGGAAGGUAUGAUUAGCGUUAGCUUUAGUGAUGAAAACAAACGUUUCUUAACCUACAGUUGGAAAAGAAUCACUUGCUUCAAAUUAACGAUAUGUCAUGAUGUUAUAAAUAUUGUAUGAUAUGGCGUAGGAAUUACGUACCUUUUUGGAUAAUUUUAUCCAGGAAAUUGCACAAAAUAUUGAAAAACCUUCGAAAAAGUACCACUUGACAAAAUUACAAUUAUUGUGAUAAAGUCGCUACUGAAUUAUAUGGACUUAUCGAAUAUUGUCUUGAGUCUAUAUGAAAUUUAUUAUCAAAAUGCAAGCAACUUUUGUCCGAACAAUCAUCAAACAUCCGAAUAAGUGUUCACGGAUAAAGCUAAGCAUUUGGAUAUGAUUUGGAGGGUGUUUUUUAAUAGUAAUAGCAUAUUUUAUUAAUAAGAUGCAUUAAUAACAGCGUGACGUGAAAUCGCGAAUCAAUAUCAAGAAGCAUGUCAGUUAUUUAAGCGCAUAAGAAAGAAUGAUAUUUUUUUUAUAUCUCGUUCCUACAAGUGGAAAAGUUCCUGGAACAAAUAAUCGAAUGAUGAUGUAACUUUUACACAGUUUUAUGCGAAAUAGCUUUUUUAAUAAGAUAUUGAAAAUCUAUUUUGUCAAGUACAAACUGUCCCUCCAAGCGUAUCUAAAUUGAUAACUUUAUUAAUCUGAACGCAAAACAUUCGUAACGACCAAGACGUAGUUCAUCGAUGUUAUUAAGUAUCCCGUCACUUAUCGUAUUGCCUAUGAAUACGUCAAACACAGGUAAUGAUUAGUGUGUAAACGGUAAGUAGAUGUUAGUAAUCAAGCAGAACUUCAUAUAGAUUCAAUCUACACACACACCUAUCCACACACACGCCCGCCCGCCCGCCCGCACACACACACACACACGCACACACACACACACGCGCGCGCGUAGAACGGUGCAUAGAUGGGGCCGGAAAAAUACAUGAGCAUAAAUACAAUAUUUUAUUAUCCUUUUAUACGUUAAGAUUGAAAAAAAUAGACAUUAUGAUUGUGUUCAACGUAGUAUAGUAACACCAAGAUUUAAUUCUUCUUUUUCUCAAAGAAUGAUGAUCUGUUUAGCUGAAAUAAUUUAAAUAACUACAAUUACAGACAACUACUCCUUAAAGAUGCCAAAGAGUGUAAUUUAACGAAUACUUGCAAUACUUAGUGCAAUGUUACUGUAGUUACUGGGCAUCACGCUUUGUAGAAUUUCCGCAAAGUAAAUUUGUCGCCAGUAAUUUUACUACUAUAUUUUAAAGCAUCUGACAUAACAAAAUUGUUAUUGUUGAUAUAAUUUUAAUUCAUAUUGUUUAUUUUGUUCUUUUUCACCAACCAAAUUGGCGUAAUAUCUUGUAAAAUGCGUUCGUUUGGAUUCAUAGUUAUAUGUAAAUAUUGAUUAUUUUGAACGUAAGGGAAUAUUCAAUAUUGGCUAGAACCAAAAAUGCAAAAUCUGAAAGACAUACGCAUUCAGGUAACCGUAGAAAACAAUUUUACACAUUAACAUUAUUUUGUAGAAUCUGUUUGUACUUGAAGAGCACGGUGCUCUUCGAGUAUUUUCACGAAGUGGGUGAUAUAAUUUUUCACUUAUCCAUAAUAACAAGAUGUAACGGUCGAAAUGUGUGCAUUUUAUCGAAAACAAUGACGAAAACUGCCCAUCAAAACUAAAACAGGAAAAAACAAGGUACGCUCAUUCCGAUGAUGUUCAUAGCAGAUAAAAUUGUACAGACUGAAAAAAGAAAAGUUGCAUGAAACGUUUUCGAAGAUACAAUAGAUUUGCUAGCUGUGCGUGUUCUUGUAAUCCAUUGAUCAUUGCAAAAAUCAAAAACCAAAUGUACAAUUAUAUAAGCAGCACCAUCGUCAAGGAAGGAAUCUUUUCCGCACUUAAUACGAUUCGUCGAUUCGUCAUUUAUAAAUCAUAGUUGCGUGCAAAGUAAUAGUGAAACCGUAAUGUGUAUUGCAGACGCUAUAUUUGUGUGAUCUGUCGGGUUAAGGAUAGGACAGGUCUGCCACAAAGUGUUUUAGACUUUUUGUAAAACUUGAUAAAAUAUAUGAAAAAUAUCGACACGCAUGUGUUUUGGAAGUCAGAAAUGCGCUAGAGUGUAAUGUAUCCCUGAGCUUCCGUCGUCCGGUGUAUAAAAAGAACGCAUCUGUGCAUAUAUACAAAACAUGUUUCGUUGAGCUAUCAGUUCAAAAUGUUACUUAUAUUGUUUAGAUUUUUAAUUUACGACAGCGUACUGCGUACUUGUCUUAUUUUAAAUAAUAUAAUAUCGCUCCUCAGUGCAAUUCCUCGUUUUAAAAGUUAGUUUGUAAAAUCGAUUAUUUAUUUAUGCCAUAGUAUUUUUUUAUUUUAUCGAUCAUUAUCGUGUUUGCUGUGUAAACAGGAAAAACAAAUAGCACAUUGCUGUGAGUAAACUCAACCUUAAACGUUGUGUUGUCUGUUUAGACGUGAUGCGCGCCAGAUGUAUGAUAAGUAUAUAACAUAUGUAAAAAUACACAAGUCAGUUUCAUUUGUUGUCGGAUCUUCAGUUACUAGAAUGUUUUCCCUAAUUCUUCGUCUUGUUACGUUUCACCUAUUGUGUACCUUCAUGAUCUCUGUACUACACGCCGAUUAAUCAUUAAUAAAUAUUCUCUUCACAUGUAUAUCUACCUCAGCAUUAUUCAUAUGUCGUCUUCCGUCCCAAAAUUAAGCCGGCCGAGCGCCCAUCGAACGGUCGAUCUUUCAUCUGCUUUUCGUUCUAUGCGAAAACUGACGUAUCAGUCGCGGGAAGCUCCGAGACGCCAAGUACGGCCGAUCGGCAAUCAUGCCAGCGUGCGCAUAUCACGAGCAGCACAGCUUAUCAGCGCAAGAAUGUGGGAGUGAGAGAGGCACUGGUCGCUGGCAGCGGAGCGACGAACCUCGGCAGAGCGACAAAGAGAGAGAGAGAGAGAGAGACAGAGACUGAGACAGAGCUAGGAAUUGG